UUGACGGGAGAGCUAAUUCCAUUACAUAUUCCUUCAUAUUAAAUUGACCACUUUGAUUAAGUUGAAAUUUAUAAUCUAUUAGUGCCAGUGUAUGAUAGGUUCUUCCUUGAAUUUCAAAAUAGAGGAUAACCAAUAGACUACAAAAUAUUGAACACUACUUUUUUGUCCAAAUAAGUUGGACCAAUAGAUCUAAAGAUAUAAAUGGAUAACUAAAUGUGUUUAAAUAUGCAUAAUGUCUCCAUUUUUGAUGCUAAAAUUGAAAAUUCUAUUAUAUUUGGAAUAAAUUCAUUUUCACAGAAUAGUGAUGUUCUGAUAGAAUAGAUAUACUUUAAAAAUUGUAUUUUUAAUAACACAAUUUUGUUCAAAUUAAAAACUGAUUAAAAAAGAAUAAUAAUCCAAGACGUUUUUAUAGAAUAAUGCUAAUUUUAAAAUUCCUCACUUUUUAUUUUUUAAUAAGAUGGAGAAUAUUAAUCUUCUAUAAUUAUUAAAUCAAUAAUAAUUAAAAAAUCAAUAUUGUUUAAUUCUUAAUUUAUAUAGAGUUACGAUAACUUAUUUCUCUAUUCGUUUGAGUAUAUUGAGAACUAAAUUACAAAUUCACAACUGAUAAGUUUUAGUACUGAUCUCUCAUGCUUUAAUUUUAGCUUGAGAUCUAAUGUAAUUAUUGAGUCAAUUUUGUUUGCUUAGCUAUUCUAAAAUUCCUAUUAAUUUAAAAUAGAUAUUGACGAAAUUUCUUUAUCUUCCAAUAUUUUCGAAAACUUUUAAGUGCUUGUUGUUGAUUAAAUACUUUAACUAAUUUAUAUAGUAUUAAAAAAUAUGACAUUCAAGGAAAAUAUUAAUCCUUAAACCGUCAUCCAAAAUCACUUAUUUAAACUCACUAGUCCUAAUAUUUUGAUAUAGAAUGUUUUGAUAAUAAAUACUUUCAAUCUUCGUUACAUUUACUUAUAUAACAUCACUGAAAUUAAUAUAAAGAAUGUUACUGUUUAAAAUCAACGUUAAGAAUAUAUGAUUCCACUUUUUUAAGAGUGCGUGAUUUAUAAAUAAUAGUAUUCAUAAUUAUUAUUAGUUUAAGGAUUUCAGAGCCUAUAUUUAGGUUUCAUAAAGCUUGUGAAUUAGAUUACAAUUGAUUAAUCUGUUAUAGAAAUUCUCUCAAACCCAAUAAUCCUUAAAGGUGAAUAGGAAAGCAUUUUAAUAUAAAAUGUUACUUUUAUAGGAAACAUCUUGUUGAAAAUCAGUAAAGGUUUAAUUUUUUCAAUUUUCUCAAUAUAUUCGGAAAAAACACAAUAAAUCAAACUGGACAAUUUUUUAUACCAAAAUAAUUCUUAUAAUUAAUAUAUUCCAGAUGCCUCAUAGAGUUCUGCUAGUUUACUAUUUAUAAGCUCGCUAUAUAGUACCAUAACCCCUUAGAAUAUUUAGUGCUUUGAGAAUUCACUUACAAAUUCUUCAAAUACCUUUAUUGUUAUUAAAUCAAAUGCUACAUAAAUAAAGGCAAUUAGGGUUUUUCAUCACAAUUAUUUGAGAAAGGAAUUCUGGAAUACCUAUUACAACAUUAAGUUGCAAAGUAACCUAAAUUAAUUAGAAAUCAAUUAUAUAAUUACAAAAACUCUAGGUAUAAAUAACAAAGGUGGAGUAAUGUAAAUCAUAGUUGACAAGUUCACCUUAGAGGAUGGAUUAUUUUAAUACCUUAUUGCAGAAAGUAGUUCUGUUUUUGAUAUAAUUACUUAAGGAACUGGAAUUAUCAGACUGAAUAGUUGCAAUAUAGCUUAUACAUAAAACAAUUUGCUUUCAAAUUCAGAAUAAGAUGGAUCAAUCAGCAUUAAUUCAAAAUUGAGCGAUUUAAAUUUGAAAUUAACGAAUUUUACCUUUUCCUACAUUCAUAAUAAUUUUGCACCAGCCCUCCUCUCUAUAUCAACUUCAAAAUUUACUAAUAUUAUCUUCAUUAAAAAUGUAAAAGUACUAAAUUGUUUCUCUUUGAUAAAUUUAUUUUCAUCUUUAACAUUUAGCUCUGAUAAGGCUCAUUUAAAUAUAGUUACAAUAUAAAACAUUCUUAUCUAAUAAAGUUAUGAAGCAUUAAUAGAUUUCAGCCAAUAACUUGUGCACUUAGAUUCAACAAUAUUAACAAAAAUUACAGAAGGCAAUGCUAUUUUUAAUAUUGCAGGAUGCAAAUUAUAAAUGAAUAAUAUUGUAAUUGAAGGUGUUGUUCUCUCUUCUAUAUUCCAAUUUAUAAACUGCUAGAAAAUUUAAUUGAAGAAUAUUCUUUUUUAUAAAAUUAUAACAUUUUACUCAUUUACCUUGCUUCAUAUUGAACAAAAUAUAUAAUUCCUAUCCAUUAUUUAAGUCUAAAACUUAACAACGCAGAACUUAGUAUUGCUAAAUAGCAAAGACCUGAAUUGUAUUCAACUAAUUUAUCCAAAUUUAGAAUUUGAAUAUAAACUUUGCAAUUAGUUUAAUCCUUUAUGA